AUGAGCGGGAGGAGGAUGCAGCCGCCGGCUCAGGCGCAUCAUCAUCAGUCGUACUACGCGGUGCUCGGCGUGCAGCCGGGCGCCACCGCCGCCGAGAUCCGCGCCGCCUACCACCGCCUCGCCAUGAGAUGGCACCCGGACAAGAUCGCCGGCGGCCGCGUGGAUCCAACGCGCGCGGAGGAGGCCAAGAGCAGGUUCCAGCAGAUACACGAGGCGUACCAAGUGCUGUCGGAUGACAAGAGGAGGGCACUCUACGACGCCGGCAUGUACGACCCGCUGGACGACGACCAGGAGGACGUCGAGGGAUUCCACGACUUCGUCCAGGAGAUGGUCUCGCUCAUGGCCACCGUGGGCAGAGAGGAACCAGUGUACAGCUUGGCCGAGCUGCAAUCCAUGCUGGACGGUAUGAUCAAGGAUUUCACCGCGCCACAACCCGAGCCCAGUGGCUUCUACACCGGUGGGGCGUCACCGCUCGGCAAACCGAGCAGCAAAGAGCAGAGUACUGCUACGCCACGCAUGCAUCCCCAGGGGUUCGGUGACGCCGCGUGCUUCAGCCGGACGGCUUUCUCACGAUGA